UGUGUAGGGUGACACGAAGCCUAGCGGUUUAGAGCGUUGGGCCAGUAUCCGAAAGGUCGCCUGAAUGGAAUAAGUUGAAAAAUGUUCCCACGAGCAAGGCACUUCGCCCUAAUUGCUCCAGUAAAUCACUCUGGAUAAGAGUGUCUGCUAAAAGGUGCACGUGUAAAUUCUCCGAACCUGCUACGAAAAGUAAAUUCUGGAUACGCCAUGUAAUUCUUAUCGUAUUAUGUUUUGAUUAACACACUGUAUCUACCGGUAGCCUGCUUCUUCCCCAAAGCAAGUCUGCUUGCGUGUGCGCAGCGUCUGACGCAGCGUGUGACGCGGCUGGCCAGGAGACGAGAGUUGAAUAUGGGGGGAACUUUAUGUUAUGCAUGUGGUAAAGUUUCAUUCGGGACUAUCCCUGAUAGUAGCUAGCUAACGUUAGUACUGUAGCAACUAGCUACAGUACUCUUCUAAUUUCUACAAAAUUGUAGCCUAGCUGAUCUGGUCACUGGAUAAACUCAUUCUUGUCACACCGCAAUCAACUGAAUUCUGGCUAGCUAGCUAGUUACAUGGAAGCAUCUGAAUAUCUCCUAUGCAAGUGGAAAGGCCACAACUGGCCAGCUAAGGUUUUGAGAAGAGUGUGCAAUUCCAAGAGGAAGAAUGGAAGUGGAAAUGUUGGGAGAAGGUCACAGAGGAGUGUGUAUUUUGUUUUGCAGAGUGUGGGUGCAGCAGAAGGAAACGCAAGCCCUGACCCAAGAAUGCAUCGAGAGCAUCUCUGGACAUCUGAGUGAUCAUGCUUCCAAAAGGAGGGACCCAAUAAGACAAUUGAAAUACCGGAGAGCACUGCGCUUGGCAUUGGAUAUGUUCCCCUCAGGAGAGACGAGCAGCACUCUGGUGUUAGGAGACCCCAGAACAUCCGAAAAGGGAAGAGACCAACGGUUGCCAUCGGCGCCUGAAGAGCAAGAAACGAGAGCAAGACGCGUCAUCCGAGCGAAUGAGCCUCAGUCUGAGGAAAACAACGAUUGUGCCUCUCAAAAAACAAGUCCGGGUGCAGCUCAAGAGAAUGUCACAGUUCACAGUAUGGCCGACGUGUCAAGUGAUAUGAGCCUUACUCCACCUUCUUCAUCCCCACUGCAACCGCUCCAAGUGUCCUUCGACGAACAGGAGGACAGUAGUUUGGAGGAUGAGGAGGAGGAUGAUGACCUACCCAGUUUCACUUCACCAAAGAAAACCCUAUCCAUCACAAAGGGAGCUUGUGUCUGGUGUAAAUAUCGACGUUGCCCCUUCUGGCCUGCUAUGAUCAUGUAUGUUUCCCGCAAAGAGAAGAAAGCCAGCGUCGUGUUCAUCGACACAUUUCUUUUCACACAGAAGAGGAAGAGCGUCAAGGUCUCCUUAAAGAAUAUCAAGCCCUUUGACUGUGAGGAGUCAAAUGAGUUGGUGGACAAAGCCAAGGAGAUAUAUGGUACUGCCAUCCACUAUUGCCUGAAGCUUAUUGGGGACUAUAGAAUUCGCCUUGGUUGUGGUUCAUUUUCCGGUUCCCUCGUUGAGUAUGUUGCUGAUGACAUCAGCAUCCCUAUGAGAAAGCUGUACCUUCUCGGCCCAUCUGACUGUUAUCUGGCCUCGCCAAGUCAAGACGUGGAGGACCAGAGAAAUUACCAGGGGACUCCGGAAGACCAUGCGACCACCAAGGACAGUGAACAGGAGCCACAGGUCUCUAAGAGACUGCUACCUGACCGCGCCAAGGCUGCACGGGACCGGGCCAAUGACAAACUACUGCAGUUCAUCGUCGAUAAAAGAGGCGUGGAAAGGCACUUGCAGGCUAUUAUCAGCGGUCAGGUGGUGUCCAAGUGGCUGAAAGCCUUCCGCAAGGCCAGUGGUCAAGCAGUGGACCCCUACUUUGAGACGGACCAGCAGGUGGAGCAGGUUUUCACUUAUCUCAGGAGCAUCAUGGAGGAAGCCUUGCCAAGUCUGCCAGAGUUAGAUCAGAUCCGCUUCAUCCUCGAAGUGCUCUUACCAGAGUUUGAAAUUUUCAGGCUGUCAUUCAUGGAAUCUCGGAGGUCGAUGACAUAUCCCUGGUUAAGGCUGAAGAGAAAUACUCACAAGGGCCUGGCAUCAGUAAUAGAGAGCGAGAGGAGUUUGACCUUAUGAUUGUGCAGCAGAUGAAGAAAAAGCACGGCAGAAACGAUAAAGAAUAAGAAGGGUUGUGUGUUCUGUUUCGGGUUUUCAUUGGCUAAUGCCACUAGUGUUUAUAUUGUUCAUAGGUUAUGUGUUUAUAGGUUACAUACUCUUUAUUUUUCAAUACAAUCAUUUGUAUACUGAACAAAAAUAUAAACACAAUAUGCCACAAUUUCAAAGAUUUUACUGAGUUACAGUUCCUAUAAGGAAAUCGGUCAAUUGAGAUAAAUUAAUUAGGCCCUAAUCUAUCGAUUUCACAUGACUGGGAAUAUAGAUAUGUAUCUGUUGGCCACAGAUACCUUUAGAAAAAUGGUAGGGGCGUGGAUCAGUAUCUAGUGUGACCACCAUUUGCCUCAAGCAGCAUGACACAUCUUCACAUAAAGUUGAUCAGGCUGUU